UUUGACCUGGCUGUUGCCAACCUUCUCUUCCUUUUCUUUGCCAUCCCCACUGCCCUCCUCUUCCUGGUGGAGGAAAUGUCCUGCUCUCCUAUCAUGCCCCUUUGGUACCUGAAUUUCUUUUUCCAGCUGUCAGUGAUCUCCUGCUACUUGGCAUUAUUCCAGCUAAUUCCCAUCAGCAAUGUUCUGUAUAUGUACACACUCUGCUGGCUCUGCUGCCACUGUGACCUUCCCAAAUGCCUGUGGUUGGUGGUGGGAAGUGUCCAAUACUGGGCCUUCUUUGCUCUCUUUGCUGUCAUUCCCACACUGACAUUCCUGUGCCCAUCACACCAGCAGGAGCUCUGCCGGGCAGCUCUCAUCUCCGUGUACACCAUCGCCCUGCUCCUCUUUGUUGUACCCGUGGUCACUUCCCGCACAAUCGUCCUCAUGAAGGCCAAGUGGGGCUCCCAGCAGCAGCAACCCAAGAGGCGCGACAUCGUUAUCCUCAUCACUGUGCUCCUCACUCUCUUUCUCAGCCUCUGGAAUUUCCUGAAGCAGCUUGGUUACCUCACUGUGCCCUUCCAGGUUGUUUUCCUGCUCAACUGCAUCCAUAGCAGCAUCAAACCCUUCAUCUACUUCUUGGCAGGGCAGUGCUGGUGGCCCUGCCCAAUGGGGUACUUCCGGCUCUCCCUCCAGAGGGUCUUUGAGCAGCAGAAAAAAAAAAAAAACGCAGAAAUAACUCUGGCACAGAAACAGCAGUCUGAGCCUGUUGAUCCCUUCCACUGCUCUGCUGAAGGACCUUGGCACAAAGCCUGAGGGUUUCCUUGAGUCACCUGAUGAAUCAAUAUCCACAGGAUCACCCUCCCCAUGGUGCUGUAUUCCUGCAGGAGAAGGGAGCAGGAGCAUUGCCUUGGUUGAUUUUUGUGGGAUGCUCUGCAGGGAGCACAUUGGAGCAUGGCUUUCCUCCUCCCUCCUGGAUCCACAUGGCUCCAAGCAGUGCAGCUGGGCUCAGUGCUGUUCCCCAGCUCUAUUCCCCAUGCAAUGACCCUCAUGGCCUCAGCCCCAGGGAAUGAACUCCAUCUCCUUUGGCUCAGCA